GGGUGGGGGGCCCUGGCAGGCCAAGGCUCAGGAAGAGGGCGGGGCCCUCCGCGGGACCCAGGAUGGCGGAGGCUGGUCCCGCUUCAGACCCGGAGCUGGAGAGCGAGCCUCGCAGCUGGUCCCUGCUGGAGCAGCUGGGGCUGGCGGGCGCGGACCUGGCGGCCCCCGCGGCACAGCAGCAGCUGGAGCGGGAGCGGGAGCGGCUGCGGCGCGAAAUCCGCAAGGAGCUGAAGCUGAAGGAGGGCGCCGAGAACCUGCGCCGGGCCACCACCGACCUGGGCCGCAGCCUGGGCCCCGUGGAGCUGCUGCUGCGCGGCUCUGCGCGCCGCCUGGACCUGUUGCACCAGCAGCUGCAGGAGCUUCACGCGCACGUGGUGCUGCCCGAGCCCGCGGCGCGCGAUGUCCCCCAGCCCCCCGGGACGGGCGGCUCGGCCUGCUCGGCCGCCAGCCUGAGCCGCGUGGCCGGCCUGGAGAAGCAGCUGGCCAUCGAGCUGAAGGUGAAGCAAGGGGCGGAGAACAUGAUCCAGACGUACAGCAACGGCAGCACCAAGGACCGGAAGCUGCUGCUGACAGCCCAGCAGAUGCUGCAGGACAGCAAGACCAAGAUCGACAUCAUCCGCAUGCAGCUGCGCCGGGCGCUGCAGGCCGGCCAACUGGAGAGCCAGGCCGCCCCAGACGAGGCCCAAGGGAGUCCGGACCUGGGGGCCGUGGAGCUGCGCAUUGAGGAGCUGCGGCACCACUUCCGAGUCGAGCACGCGGUGGCCGAGGGCGCCAAGAACGUGCUGCGCCUGCUCAGUGCCGCCAAGGCCCCGGACCGCAAGGCGGUCAGCGAGGCCCAGGAGAAGCUGACCGAGUCCAACCAGAAGCUGGGGCUGCUCCGGGAGGCCCUGGAGCGGAGGCUCGGGGAGCUGCCCGCCGACCACCCCAAGGGGCGGCUGCUGCGCGAGGAGCUCGCGGCGGCCUCGUCCGCAGCCUUCAGUGCCCGCCUGGCCGGGCCCUUCCCCGCCACGCACUACAGCACCCUGUGCAAGCCCGCGCCGCUCACAGGGACCCUGGAGGUGCGCGUGGUGGGCUGCAGGGACCUUCCAGAGACCAUCCCGUGGAACCCCUCACCCUCGGUGGGGGGAUCUGGGACCCCCGACAGCCGCACCCCCUUCCUGAGCCGUCCAGCCAAGGGCCUUUACAGCCGGAGUGGAAGCCUCAGUGGCCGGAGCAGCCUCAAAGCGGAAGCUGAGAAUACGAGCGAGGUCUGCACCGUGCUCAAGCUGGACAACACAGUGGUGGGGCAGACGUCCUGGAAGCCAUGUGGCCUCAGCGCCUGGGACCAGUGCUUCACCCUGGAGCUGGAGCGGGCCCGGGAACUGGAGCUGGCCGUGUUCUGGCGGGACCAGCGGGGCCUGUGCGCCCUCAAAUUCCUGAAAUUGGAGGAUUUCCUGGACAACGAGAGGCACGAGGUGCAGCUGGACAUGGAACCCCAGGGCUGCCUGGUGGCCGAGGUCACCUUCCACAACCCUGUCAUUGAGAGGAUACCCCGGCUCCGGAGGCAGAAGAAGAUCUUCUCCAAGCAGCAAGGGAAAGCGUUCCAGCACGCCAGGCAGAUGAACAUCGACGUGGCCACCUGGGUGCGGCUGCUUCGAAGGCUCAUCCCCAAUGCCACGGCCACGGGCACCUUCAGCCCCGGGGCUUCUCCUGGACCCGAGGCCCGGCCCACGGGCGACAUAUCCGUGGAGAAGCUGAGUCUGGGGGCUGACUGGGACAGCUCACCCCAGAGGAGCCCUCGGGGUCCUCCUUCCAGCCCGUCGAGUCUGAGGUCCCCGAUCCAGGAAAUGACCGCCACUCCCGACCGCCCUCCUUCAGAGGCCCAGGAGACCCCAGGCCCCACCCUGUGCAGCCCUCUGCGGAAGUCGCCCCUGACCCUCGAGGACUUCAAGUUCCUGGCGGUGCUGGGCCGAGGGCACUUUGGGAAGGUGCUGCUCUCCGAACUCCAGCCCAGCGGGGAGCUGUUCGCCAUCAAGGCUUUGAAGAAAGGGGACAUUGUGGCGCGGGACGAGGUGGAGAGCCUGAUGUGUGAGAAGCGGAUCCUGGCAGCGGUGACCAGCGCGGGCCACCCCUUCCUGGUGAACCUGUUCGGCUGUUUCCAGACGCCAGAGCACGUGUGCUUCGUGAUGGAGUACUCGGCCGGCGGGGACCUGAUGCUGCACAUCCACAGCGACGUGUUCUCGGAGCCCCGCGCCGUCUUUUACUCGGCCUGUGUGGUGCUGGGGCUGCAGUUUCUGCACGAACACAAGAUCGUCUACAGGGACCUGAAGUUGGACAACUUGCUCCUGGACACGGAGGGCUACGUCAAGAUCGCAGACUUCGGCCUCUGCAAGGAGGGCAUGGGCUACGGCGACCGGACCAGCACGUUCUGCGGGACUCCCGAGUUCCUGGCGCCCGAGGUGCUGACGGACACGUCGUACACGCGCGCGGUGGACUGGUGGGGCCUGGGCGUGCUGCUCUACGAGAUGCUGGUCGGGGAGUCCCCCUUCCCAGGGGACGACGAGGAGGAGGUGUUCGACAGCAUUGUCAACGACGAGGUGCGCUACCCGCGCUUCCUGUCGGCCGAGGCCGUGGGCAUCAUGCGCAGGCUGCUGCGGAGGAACCCGGAGCGGAGGUUGGGGUCCAGCGAGAGGGACGCAGAGGACGUGAAGAAACAGCCCUUCUUCAGGACCCUGGGCUGGGACGCCCUGCUGGCCCGGCGCCUGCCGCCGCCCUUCGUGCCCACGCUGUCCGGCCGCACCGACGUGAGCAACUUCGACGAGGAGUUCACGGGCGAGGCGCCCACGCUGAGCCCGCCCCGCGACGCGCGGCCGCUCUCGGCCAAGGAGCAGGCCGCCUUCCGGGACUUCGACUUCGUGGCGGGGGGCUGCUAGCCCACCCCGCCCAGCCACCCGCCCAGCCACCCACCCAGCUGUUCG